AUGCGACUUGUAGUCAGAAUUAAAGUUGGGAAAAAGUAUUUUGGUACAUUUCAACAAAACAGUGAUCACUCUGGCAAAGAUAUGUUACACAGGGCAUUUGCAAUAUGUUUCAUAUCUGUUGGAAUUUGCAUCACAAUUUGUCAAGCCACAGGUUUGGGAGAAGCAUGUGCUGUACCUGGUUCUCAAGAACCGGAACCAUGUACGACGCUCAAUUCGAAAUGUAAAGAUGAUACGUGUCAAUGUAUGGAUGGAUAUACAGAAGAAGAGGGCGAAUGCAAAAUUUCGUUGGAAAAAGAAUGUACACAGGACUCUGAUUGUGUUUCAAAUUCUAUAUGUCUUGGCAACAUAGGCGGCAGUAGAAAAUGCACCUGUGCUGAAGGUUACUUCGCCAAAGACGGCUUGUGUUCUAAAGUUAUCGGAACGGCAUGCACUUCGUCAACCGAAAGCACGGUAUGCGCACUUCGCAACACUGGAUGCAAAGACGGCGUGUGUGCUUGUAACCUUGGAUACAAUGGCAUUGUAAAUUGCAGCUUAAGUUUGUAUUGA